GUUUUUCACAUCAUCACUUCUGUAUCAUAUUAACUCUCUCAAGCAUUCAGUCUUUGAUAUAGCUUCUACUAGCUACUAGAAGUACAUUUCUAGGUUAUAUUGAGGCUGCAGUCUCUUUGAAAAGUUCUCUAUAGUUUGUUCAACUAAAAAUGGGAAGCAGACAAUUGCAUAGCCAGAUUUCUUGCAUGAGAGAAAAUCUCUUCAAGCAGGGAUUCCUCGACGAGCAAUUCAUGCAGCUAGAGGAAUUGCAAGAUGACGCAAAUCCUAAUUUUGUCGAAGAAGUCGUGACUUUGUUCUUCAAGGAUUCAGCUAGACUGAUUCUUAAUAUUGAACAAGCUCUAAAUAACAACCCCCAAGAUUUCAAUAAGUUGGAUAAUUUCAUGCACCAGUUCAAGGGUAGUAGUUCAAGCAUUGGAGCUAAAAAAGUAAAGAAUGAAUGCACACAGUUCAAGGAAUAUUGCAGGAUAGGAAAUGGAGAAGGAUGCAUAAGGACAUUUCAACAAGUGAAGAAAGAACAUGCAGCAUUAAGGAAAAAACUUGAGAGUUAUUUCCAGUUGGUUAGACAAGCCGGCCCCAUGCAGUCGGCAAGUCUCCCCAGAUAAGAAACUCACAACGAGGAUUUGCAGAAGAAGAAAGAAGUCGCAACUUGGCGCUGCGCGAAGCAUAUCAAUGUAAUAAGACAUUUUUUAUCUUGAAGAAGAAUGCCGAUUAACGAAAGGGUCUAUCAUUCGUUUCCUAUGCUUUCUAGGCGCUUAAGUAAAAGUUUAUGUAACACAUUAGGGCCUGUUUUCAGUAGCUCAUCGAUUAUAUAUUAUGAAAAAUUUUGGUAACAACAAAGCAUUAUGGUUACGACAAAGUCCCUGCCCAUCAAAGUACAUGCUGUUGUCUCCCUUUCCAAUUGAUAAAAACCCUUUUUGUUC